AUAAAAAGCAGUAACGCUAUCCGCUUCAGUCAUUAUGAUAGACAAACAUUGCAGCGUGAACAUCUAGUGUUCCAUGGAAGCAGGAUAUACACCAGAACAGGAUACAUUCAUGCAUAUGUCUAUGUGUGAACAAAGCAAGAAUGAGAGCCACAACUUCCAUCACGAACUCCAACCUCAUUCUAUUGCUGUUCUGUGUUCUUUGCCUGCAGAUCAUUACACCAGCAUCCAGUUGUCCUCGCGGUCAGUUGAAGCGUGGUGACAAAUGCUGUAGACCAGUUUUGCAUUGUCCAGCAGGUUCUUAUGUGAAAACGUGUGAGCGGAAUGGUAACUGUGACGAGUGUUUGCCUUGUCCCUCUGGAACUGAGAACCCAUUCAUCACUUCAUCAUUUGAUGUCAAGAAAUGCUAUAAAAACGACUGCCCCACAGAUUCCUUCCGAAUCUCUGAAACCAAGUGCAAGUGUGCCCUUCAUCUUGGUCACACAGGGAAAGAUCCCCACUUCUGUCAGGUAAACCGUGGUAAUUGCCAGCCAGGACAGGAAUUAACUAAUCGAGGUAAAUGCGAGGAUUGUGAGAACAACCACUACAAAUACUGGUUCGGAAAAGGUUACUGCAUCAGAGACGUCGAUUGUACCCUGGUAGGUUUACCCACAGAAGCCGGAAAUGUUACAACCCCUAGCAUAUGUCCGGACCUUGAAGAUAAAUGUUCCCCAAAAACAAGAGUCCCACCGUUGCCGACCGCCGUGGUCCCAUCCACGACAACAACAAGAAGUCCCUCUGUUGUUCCAACAGUAAAAGGAAUAAGGAAAAGGCUUUCAACGCAAACGCCGAAAGAACCGAAACCCUCAGCCACCAUCCGUCACAUGACUGAGAAACCAAAGAAGACCACCACCGUGGACUACGUUCAGACAUCCGGCCUAAUGGACAGAGAGAAUGCUCUGGAUUUGUUUAAAGUCCAGUACAUCAAUGUAACAGUCAAUUGUGUACUUAUUAUAAUUAUCGUCCUACAAGCUGUCUACAUUGUAAGAAUAAAACGUAAGUAUAACCUGCAAUAUUUUCCUGCAUCAAAACUUUUCACAACCAACAAAAACUUGCCACACCCUACACAUAUGCAGCAUUGUGUAAACAACUCUGUCAUUAGAUAUGCUACCACGACUCAUGCACAGCAAAAAGAAAAUAGCACAACUAAAAAAACCCACAAAAGAUUGGACAUUUAUAUUACAAACCUAUGAUCAUGGGAGGGCUAU